AUUAGCACCGCGCCACAGCGUGCGCCAUUUUCCUUUCCGAGGGACAAAAAACGAAGUAGCAGUAUUGUCGGACAUCGCUCAAUUGGUCGAAAUGGCAGUGUAAAAGUGUGCAGCGACCCAGCAGCAGCCAACAAAACAGUGCAUCCAGCCAGUGCACUGAGUCACUUCUAAUUCAGCAAAAUGUCGUCCCACGUGGAAACCCUCAUCACUGCUGCUUUCGACAGCAUAAAAGAAUUCGACGCUCUCCUAGCAUCGUCACGCACUCCAUUUGUGACCAACAACAGCCACUAUGACCAUGAUGAUGACAAACUCACAGUUUGGCCUGGAAGACAUGGAGGCCCUUCUCUGGGGGCCUUCCUCUCUCAUGGCUGACGCCAUGGGCUCCCAAUUCGAUAACCCUGACCAAAAGGAACAUCAGGAAGGAGGAGGAACCUCUCUGGAGGGAGACACUUCACCUGCGUCACCCCUCACCUCCUCAUCACUGUCUUCUUCCUCCUCUCCUCCUCCCUUUUACUCUCCUCCUCCCUCGCCGCCAGCUGUCCUCCUCCCUGGGGACAAAGCCGGGAAUGAGUCUGACCUGCUCUCCCUCCCGUGGUUGGGCCACCCCGGUCAGCUGAGAUGUAGCCAGACAGUCUCAGAUGACAGGAAAGAGGAAACGUUUGGUGACCUGGACUGGAUGGCUGAGAGGAUGGAUCUAAGCGAGUUUGACCUGGAGUCUCUGAUUGGCUCCUGCAGUCCAACUGAAGACUCCCCCAGCUCUACAGAAGACCUCCUGGCCUCCCUAGAUUGCCCCAUGGAGCUUGACUCCCUCCCAAUACCCACUCUCUCAACUCCUGCGGUUUUGAGUCCUCCCUCUGCUCCUCUUCAAAGUACACCGCCCCCUGCCCUUCCCGCUGUCUGUGAAGAUGCCCCAGUUGUUACGGUCGAUGACUCUGAAUCCUACAUUGAUGGGCAGGAGGCCCCCUCCCCUCCCCCGUGUGUCGCAGAGCCACAAGAGGAGCUUGAAAUCAAAUCUGAGCCCGCUUCUCCUGACCCGGCCUCCCCCUUGGUUGAUUCUCCUUCCUCCCCAGUCUACACCCUGGACUUGGGCAGUGAGGUAGACGUCUCAGAGAGCGAGGUGAAGCCAGUGUUAGCUGCUGUGGUCCCACAGGUCCCGAGACUUGUACUCUCCCUUUCACCAACCCGCAUUGUCCUCGUGCUGGCUCCCAAACAUGAAGUCGGUAUCACCACCACUACUGUAACCACCACGUCAGAGGUCAUUCACUCCUCCCCUCCUGCCUCCCCUCCACAAAGGUCCUCUCGAAGCAGACCAUACCCAGAGUUCAAAUACAAAUCUAGCCCACCCUCUCCCAGUGCCACCAGUGUCAAAGUCAAGUCCCUCCGGGGUGCAAGUGGUGAAGAAAGGGUAGCUUUAAAGGCGCCAAAGGAAAAGAAACUAAAGAAGAUGGAGCAGAAUAAGACGGCUGCCACUCGUUACAGGCAGAAGAAGAGGGCUGAGCACGAAGCACUUACUGCAGAGCAUGCACUGCUGGAGAGGAAGAACAUGGAGCUGACUGAGAAAGCUGAAUCCAUGGCCAGGGAGAUCCAGUACCUCAAAGAGCUGAUGGAGGAGGUUCGUCUGGCCAGGAUCAAAAAAGGUCUUAGUGCUGACCCCUAGAGGUUGGACCUAACUAUGACAGAUUAGAUGUGUGUAAUAGGAGGUGGACUAUUGAAAAAAGUGGGCACAGCAGAUUUUAUUUUUAAUGCAAACAUUUAUCAGUAUAAUAUGUGUUCUGUCAACUCAACAUGACUUGGAUUCACAAUCCAAUAGAACUGUUUUGUCAGAAUAUCUCCUUUUUAAAUACCUAAUACUGGUAUUAAAUAUAUACAAUAGUUUUGUCAUGUUAAGAGUAAUUGUAUGGAAACAAGUAUUUUCCAUUCAGUAUAUCAACUUGUGUGCUGUUUCUUGCAAUGUAUGUAAUUUUUUCUGAUAUCUGGACCUUAGUAACUUGCCAGGAAGUCUUUUUAAACUUUUUAAAACAUGUAUAUUAUAACCGGACCACCUGUAUUAUCAAUCUCUUAAUAAAGAGUCUUAAACCUAA